ACAAAGCCAUUGAUGUUGUUUCCCGGAGAAGAGUUAUUGUUGCUCUCUACCCCGUAUGAAGUCUUCUGUGCCAAAUAUUGUUUGUGUCAGAAUAUUAUUGUCUGAGGGCAGUGAUCCUGAGUCUGAUGAACCUUCACAGUAUAUAAGACCAGGACCGGAACCUUCUCCAGACACGACCGGCUUCACCUUCAUCCUCACAUCUCCAGCUCUCCGGUAUAAGCUCAAGCGUCAUAGAGGCGGGACUGAGCUGCAGCAAGCACGCCUCCUUCUUCCCCUACUCCUCCCUGCUUGACUUCCAGCACUGAAUCCUGUACCUCAAUCAAGACACGUCUUCAGGAGGUCUAUCCACAGAAGAAAUGCUUCUCCUCCUUCUAUUAUUGGCUGUUGCCAUCGGAGGUUCACAUGGACAGUUCCCUCGCGUCUGUAUGACAAAGGAAGCUUUAGAUAGUGAAAUAUGUUGUCCUUUAUGGAAUGGAAGCGAAUGUGGAGUAGAAGCAAUGCGCGGUGUUUGUCUGAAUUGGUGGACACGCACUUUAGAUGAUAACCAGUACUAUGAUGACCGUCUUAAUUGGCCAAAUAGCUACUUCAGGUCCUCCUGUGAGUGUUUAGGGAACUAUGGUGGAUUUGACUGUGGAAAGUGCAAGUUUGGAUAUUAUGGGGAAAACUGCGAUCGACAAAAAACUUUAGUGAGGCAUGAGAUCAGAGAGCUGUCCACUAUAGAGAGGAGAAGGUUCUUCAGUUACCUCACUUUGGCCAAAUACACCAUCAGUAAAGACUAUGUCAUCCUGGUCACUGGUGACAGACAUCACCGCAGCACCUAUAAAUUUAUCGAUGCCACCAUUUAUGACGUUUUCUCUUGGAUACAUUAUUACUCUAUGAAGCCGAUACUGAUGAACAGUACUUUUACCUCAAACACCAGCUAUGCCCACCAAGGUCCCGCCUUUCCAGGGUGGCAUCGGAGACUGCUGCUCUUCCUGGAAAGAGAGAUCCAGGAGUUGAUAGGAGAUGAGGACUUUGCUCUUCCAUAUUAUGACUGGAGCCACGAGAAUAAUACAUGCUCCAUCUGCAAUGAAGAAUUCCUAGGAAGUAAUGACCUACAAGGCAACAUUGGCGGGUCAUCGUACUUUUCUUCCUGGGGGGCCAUCUGUAGCGGAUACUUCUACACUGAUGCCUACUGCCGAAGUGCGGAGAGAGGUUUCCAUGUGGAGAAUCUGCUGAGAAAACCAGGACGGGACCCAAAAACUCGUAUACCCACAUAUCAGGAUGUAGAGGCGACACUGAAGUGGAAGAUGUUUGACACGGAACCAUUUGACAAAACGUCCAAGUCCAGUUUCCGUAAUGCUCUAGAAGGAUAUGUGAACCCUGUGGAUGGGAAGACCACAGACAGAAACAUGCACAAUAUGUUCCAUGGUUAUAUUGGGGGGACAAUGUCUCAGGUUCCCAUAUCUGCCAAUGACCCCAUGUUUAUAUUACACCAUGCCUACAUAGAUAAGCUGUUUGAAGUGUGGAUCCGGAAAAACAAGGCAACUCCAGACAAAUACCCGAAUAAUCAGCAUCUGGGGCAUCAACGAUUAGAGUGCGCUAUGCCCUUCUUCCCCUGCGUGAUGAAUAAACACAUGCUACAGAAUUCUGCAGUCUACGGAUACACGUUUACAUACAUGGAUCAGUAUUGCCGCCUUUAUAAUCAGGUGGCGGGGGGUUCCUAGAAAUCCUAAAAAAUCAGGAGCAAAGGUCCCAGCGCAUGUGUACCGAUGCCAAAUAGGUUGCAUCUAAUAUGAUAUUACAUAAUACCCAUAAAAAUAUUUGUUCUUUAACAGUAUUACCCUCCACAUAGUGUUUCCCAAAAAUAGUGGACCCAAAAAUUUUACUUGUACCACAAAGCCACGCAUUCAACAUCUGUUAAAGGAGAACUGUAGUGAAUAUAACGUAUUCCCUAUCUGACAGAUAUGGAUUGCAAUGGUUCCAGUGGUCGUACCCUCCGCGAUCUCCUGUAUUGGGCCGCUGCAGUCCACAGAAAGCACCGUGCCAACUCCUGCAGGAGGCCGCAGCAUGUAUCUCUAUGGGAUGCAUGGAGGGGGCCUAUCCGAAGGAUUAUAUCUCCUGUCCAAAGGAUUAUAUUCCACUACAGUAUUCCUUUAACAGAUAGAAAAAGCUAUCUGAAAAGGUGUGAAAAAGAAUUCCCCUAAAAGUUCCAAGCAAAGUGGCCUUAACAAUAGUGCCCAGGGUCUGUAAAACACCAAAAAGUGCAGUCAUAGCGCCCCCAUCAUACCAGGCAGAGUAGCCACAAUUGUCGUAGUGCUUAGUGUCUCCCAAAUCCCUGCACCUAGAAUAGUGCUUCUUUUAUUCCCCCAAUAUUAAUAGAGCAAUGCAGCAUAUCCCAAAUUAUGACAAUGCACACAUUUCUCAAAAGUAAUAUUGUAGAGAUCCCCCCAGAUCCCCCUAUUAUUAAUAGUGCCCCCACAGGUAAUAGUGUCCCCCAAGUUGAAUACCUAACACUUUAUGCACUAAACAGAAUAAAAAAGCGAGUCUAUGAACCAAUGGCCCCAAAUGUCUCCUAUAGUGUAACCCUCAUCUCCAUCCUAAGGAGACUCAGACCACCUAGAAGACAAUGUGAUGUAUAAGCCCUGGACGCCCGGAGCUAACAGCCCCUGAUCAGAAGUACCGUGUGUUCUCUACAUAUAUAUAAUAAACUGAUCACAU